UUGCCUCCCGUCUCGCAUAAUCCCGCUUUAAUCGCCCUCCGCAAACGAUCGCCUCCUGUCGCCCACGAAGCUUUCUCUCCCGCCCUCAAAAUGCCGCACUUUCGUCUUUCCGAAGAACAAGUCAAGGACUACAAGGCAGUCUUUGCCGCUUGGGACCGCGACAACACCGACAGCAUCGAUGCCGAUGAAUUUCAGAUCGCCAUGAAGUCCCUGGGACUGAACCCCAGCAUUGAAGAGGUCAAGGAGCUCAUGAAGGAAGUCGAUCCCAAGGGCAAGGGCGACAUCAACCUCGCCGAAUUCCUCCAGCUCAUGAGCGAGGCGCCCGCGCCCUCGAGCAAAGACACCGACACCAACAAGGAGCUCGUCGCCGCCUUCAAGGUGUUCGACAAGGACAACAGCGGUUCCGUCUCGCCGUCGGAGCUGCGCCAGGUGCUGCUCUCCCUCGGCCAGCGCGCCACGGACGAGGAGAUUGAGGAGAUGAUCAGGCAUGCCGACUUGGACGGAAACGGUUCUAUUGAUUGUGAGCUCCUCCCCCAUCACCAGCCGGCCAUUCGAGAGGCGAUGCAGUCGCUGCUCUGCACAACCGCACUGCACCACACCACACAAAAUGCACUGCGCCAGUGUGCAGCGGCAGCUGCUGGCUGCCCUGCCGACUGA